AUGUAUUCUUCAAGGCUUGUCCAGGUGCUGGUCGUGGUGGUGUCCAUCCUCUGCAUGGCGCAGGCCACCUGGUGGGAUAAUCAAAGAGUUCACCACCGAGGAUUAAUUCGACGAGCGGAUUCCCUUUCCGGUGCUCUGAAUGACUUGACCGGCUCUCCAAGUCCGAGCAGCCCACCUCCAUCAUCUUCGACUCCAGCGCCGCCAGCGCCGCCACCGACCCAAAGCUCCAGCUCUACGCCUGCUGAUUCUGAUUCCACGUCCUCUGACGAGGGACAAUCAAGCACCUCUGCACCUCCGUCUUCUACUCCACCCCCGGACUCAUCUUCAACGUCAACUCCUGCCCCUGGUGGUACUACCAGCUCUCCUUCUUCCACCUCGGCGGGCUCUACCACUGCCGGUCCUGAGUCGACCACACCUUCCGCCUCUGCUCCAUCCACGACGCCUCCCCCCGAAAGCACCUCGUCUUCUAGCGACAAGGAAAGCAGCGACAACAAGACUACCGAUGGAGGAGACGACAAGGAUGCAUCUUCUGAUAAGCCGCAACAGCAAACUACCUAUGUCUCAACCAAGAUCGAAGUUGUUAUCAAGACCAACUCUGAUGGCUCCAAGCAAACCCAAACCACCACGACAAUGACCACCGAGACAGCAGCCCUCAACGCCGAUAACUCUAAACCUACCGGCAUGUCGGUUCAGACUCGUAACACCAUCAUCGGUGUCUGUGUCGGCAUUGGCGGUGCCAUUAUCCUCGGCACCGGCAUCCUGUUCGCCUUCCGAGUCUGGGGCCGCAAGAAGCAUGCCGAGGAAGCCGAUGGCCUCAUGGCUUACAACGCCGACAUCGUUGCCGCCGAGAAGUCUCCCCGAGGUAGUUCGUCGGGUGGACAGCGGAAUCCGUUCCAGUCGACGCUGGAGAACUAUCACCAGCCAGUAAAUGCGUCGGCCAACUUUUAA